AGACGGCGCCGUCUUAUGUACGCAGCCAGUCAGCGCCAGCAUCAGUCGUGGUGAGCUGCGUCGGCUUCGCGAGCAACAACUGACCAAGAGCGACAUAUACUUCGGGACCGCAUUGCCAGCGGUACGUAAGUGGCCGCCGCCACACGCCAUUUGCGGCAUGCAUGAGUGCGCUGCAUCGCAUUCGCCAUGCAUGCGACCGCGUUGCCUUGAUUUUUGCUGGUAGGUGUGGCAGCCGGUGCUGAGCAUGAGGAAACUGCGGCUGCUGAGCAUCGACACCGAGGCGGAGCUGGACGCCGGAGCAGGUGACGGAGGGAGGGAGGGAAUCAGUGGGUGAGCGAGGGGACGACGUGAGGGAAUUCUGUCCGUUCCCUCCCUGUGUCUGUCGUAUGCAUUCUGCGCCAGCCAACCGCCCGUCGCCCAAGGGCAACCGCACCCACAGAAUGGACCGCACAGACCCGCUCACUAACACCAUAUUCGAAUACCACCAGGAGUACGUGCGAUGCGCUAGCAAUGGGGAGGGCUGCAGACGAGGCGACCAUGCAAAUCAUCCUUCUCUGUGUGUGUCUGCUGUUUAGGAGGACGUCCGUUCGUAUCUACGAUUUGGGCGAGGCCAAGGGGAAGCUGCUGAUAGGGAGCAGGGAGGCCGCACACGACACAAAGGUAAGUAAUUCACGUACCCUUGUGUGCUGAGGGCGAUAUCGGCAUCUGUGGUGACACAUUGCUUUGUUUGCCUGUCCAUCGGUCAGUUCCUCAAGACGGCCAAGGUCACCCAUGUGUGCAACUUGGCGGCGGGCGACACGGCGGGGGGCGAGUACACAUGCGCCUCCAAGGGCAACGACCUGCCGGAGGUGACCUUCUACGACGUCAAAAAUAUGAAGGUGGGCGGACAAACACCACACACACACACACACACGCAGAAGGACGGGCAGUCGAUAUCUCAUUCUCUCCGUGUGUAUGCAGGACGGCAGUGACGACGGGGUGCACAAUUUCGCGACAGCUGGAGUCGCAGCCAUAGACUUCUGCCUGAAAGCUCUCGAGGAUCCGGAGACCACCCUGCUGAUCCACUGCCGCGCCGGUGAGUGCGUGAGUGAGUCACUUGAGUCAGUGAGAGCCCAUCCACUGGCUGCACCAACUAACAGCCAGCCGACCAGUCAGAUGCACACACCGCCCCACGCACACAUACAUGUGUCCUUGUCUGCGUGUCUGUUUGCUGCCCACACAGGCGUCUCCCGGACUGGCUGCAUCGCUUCCUGUGUGUUGGCCGCGUUGAAGAAGGACACAUACACACAUAACCGAGGAGGGUCCGCCAGUGCCGCUGCCGCCGCGGUGCCGCUGCUGUGGACCAUGGGAAGGGCAGGAGUUUGUUCGACACGGCAUACGCCGAGGUGUGGAUCGGAUCGCUGCACACAUGCACACAUAUGCUGCCUCAUUCUCUGCGUGGCUGCUGCCUGCCUGCCUGGUGCAGGUCCGCGAGUACCGAUCUAUCGCGCCGAACGUCGGCCUCACUGAGGCGGGCAGACAGUGGUGCUCUACGAUGGCUGCUGAAGGUGCGUGUGCAGGCAGGCAGGCACUCAUAGUGUGUUUCCUCCUCACCCUGCUCUGUGUGUCCUCCUCCGUCAGGUGCCGCCUUUGCCCGUGGUCCGCCCCCGCCCCCUCGUGGCGGAAGGCCCAUGAAGUUGUUGUCGAAGGUGGACGAGAUGGAUGAGGAGAAUGACCAGAGUAAGCAGAUACGCACACACCUAUCGGUCACACCGACAUACCCCUCAUCUGCCGACGCGGUUGGCUGUCUGUCUGUCUGUCAGUGCCUCCCCCACUCCUCCCGCCCCCGGCCCCACGCGGCCGUCGUGUGGGCACGUUGUUGACCGAUACGGACGAGGAGUCUGGCACACAGGAUGAGUUGGCCGGCAAGGUCUUCAAGCCACCCGGCCGCUCACAUGGCUUCUUGAGGGAAUCGUUGCACCGCUACGCCGAUGACCAUAUGGAGGUUGACGACGGUAAGUGAGUGGAGUGACUGAGGAAACCCGACACAACUGUGUCCCUUCUCCGCAGGCUUGGCUCGUGUGGUGCCACCCAAGGCCUCAGGAGCUGCUGCGGCUGCUGCUGCUGGCCAUGGUGACGACGAGGUGAUGCAGGAUGUUCAUGCCAACGUGGGCGGCAGCCGCAAGCGGUACGUCGGCAUAGAGACACACACACACGUAUACACACACGCCCACAGUCACAGCCAAGCACCUGAUGGAUUGUGUGUGUGUGUGAUUUGUUGCAGGGGUGCCCUUGCCCGUGGUCCGCCCCCGCCCCCUCGUGGCGGAAGGCCCAUGAAGUUGUUGUCGAAGAUGGACGAGAUGGAUGAGGAGAAUGACCAGAGUAAGCAGAUACGCACACACCUAUCGGUCACACCGACAUACCCCUCAUCUGCCGACGCGGUUGGCUGUCUGUCUGUCUGUCUGUCUGUCAGUGCCUCCCCCACUCCUCCCGCCCCCGGCCCCACGCGGCCGUCGUGUGGGCACGUUGUUGACCAAUACGGACGAGGAGUUUGGCACACAGGAUGAGUUGGCCGGCAAGGUCUUCAAGCCACCCGGCCGCUCACAUGGCUUCUUGAGGGAAUCGCUGCACCGCUACGCCGAUGACCAUAUGGAGGUUGACGACGGUAAGUGAGUGGAGUGACUGAGGAAACCCGACACAACUGUGUCCCUUCUCCGCAGGCUUGGCUCGUGUGGUGCCACCCAAGGCCUCAUGA